AUGGAUGAUGGUACAAAACAAACAGUUGCAAAGAUACCUUUAUUGACAACACGUGCAGGUCCACGUGAUGGUGAUAAAUGGGUUGAACGUUUAAAAGAAGAGUACAUGGCUCUAAUUAGAUAUGUAGAGAUCAAUAAACAGUCUGAUAACGAUUGGUUCACCAUCGAAUCUAAUCCACUAGGUACAAGAUGGCAAGGUAAAUGCUGGUAUAUCUAUAACUUUAAGAAAUAUGAAUUUGAUUUAGAAUUUGAUAUGCCAAUUACUUAUCCAGAGACAGCCCCUGAAGUUGCUAUUCCAGAGUUAGAAGGUAAAACAGAAAAGAUGUACAGAGGUGGAAAGAUUUGUUUAACUGUUCAUUUCAAACCAUUGUGGGCUAGAAAUGUACCUCAUUUCGGUAUUGCUCAUGCCUUAGCACUUGGUCUUGCACCAUGGUUAGCUGCAGAGGUACCUCAUUUAGUUGAUAACAAUAUGAUUAAACAUAAAGAAGAUAAAUAA